AUGGCAUUUGCAGGGAUGCUGAGCGACGAGGACAUCAGGGCUGCGGUCCAGGCUUGUCAAAGUGAGUCACACACACAUGCAUGCAGCGGGGGGGACAUGCACACACACUUAACAAGCACCUUAUCAUUAACACAUUCUUUCGAGUAAGCAGUUUUGCAUUCAUUCACAUAUCACAGAAAGGAAGCGAGAGAGAAGGAGUCAUUGUCGAACCCACCCCCACUCCUACUCCCACUCCCACAGGGGAUACCCUGUGUGAUGUGUUGUUUACAGUGGGGACGAGAAGCUUGCAGGUAACCAGGCAGCGCUGUGGCAGGAGAGCUGUUACCGCCCAGAUACCACAGUGUUUAUGCUGAGCAUUCACACAGAGAAGCCCAAAUCACACACCAGCUCUCACAUCCCAGAGCUCUUAAUCAUUUAUCUCAGCCAAUUACGUCUGCAUGAAGAGGCAAACGCGGCUCCAACGGAAACCAAAUGUCAGUGCUUAUAUGCCCUUUAUUCAGGAACUUUUAGAGAAUAUAACAUGCUAACUUUGACAUUUGUGUUACUUUUUUUUCUUUUUGCACGUCUUCGAUAAAGACGGCAGCACAUUUGUGAUUUGUUCAAAGCAGUGAUGAAGUAAAGAGAGCAGACAAAUCCCCUGAGGGUGUGAGACGCAUCUUUUUAAGGAUUCUCUCUCUCUCUCUUCUCUUCCACAGUUUUAUUUAUGUUUAACUUAGAAAGUUAAUCUCACGAUUUAUCAUGUUGUACUUCAAAGAGUUAUUCAGGAUGUCUUUUUUAAACUGCGGGCGGAGAAAUCCUCCCUAACCAGAUUUUUUUCCACUUUGCAUGGCUUGGAAAAAUAAAAGGCUUUUAACAUUUAGUUUGCUUUAGAGCCAUAGGCAAUACUCAGUGUGCUCUGAGUGUUUCAAUGGCAUAAUGACGUCCCCUAUAAUGGUCAAAGACAGUGAUGUGCUACAGGGUGUGUAUUGGUAAAUGUCACCGGUAGAAGAAUGAAAGUCAUCUGAGCGAAUGAGUCAACGCGACAGCUCUUUUCAGCCCCUCACCACUCCGGCUCUCUUGUCAUUCUGUGAUGGACCUCUCACUCCUGCAUCUGUCCUCUCUGUCUCCUCACCCUCUACAUCUCGCUUUCUCUCCCUCUCUUCUCCUCCGUAGCUCCAGGCACAUUCGACUACAAGUCAUUCUUGGCACAAGUGGGUCUGACCGGCACGUCUGAGGCUGAUGGGAAAAAAGUGUUUACAGUUCUGGACCAAGACAGGAGUGGAUACAUUGAAGAGGAGGAGUUAAAGUAAGAAAAGGGUGUGUGAGUGAAUGUGUGUGUGCAUCUGUGCCCUCAGGCUGAGGUCACUGUAUGAAUGGAGCAGCAUUUCCACUGUGAAUGAAUUCACUCAGACAUAGAAGGGGGGUCUGGUGAGUGAGUGAGUGAGUGACAGAGAAAGGCCCUAAAGGAAGGUGAAAAAUGCCAUCAGAGGAGAUAAAGUCCACGCUGACACUCGCCUGAACUUAUCGCUGAUAUUUUUUCUGCGCCCAUCAGGCUCUUCCUGCAGAACUUCUCCCCCGGGGCGAGGGAGCUGACCGUGGCUGAGACAAAGGCUCUGAUGGCUGCGGGAGAUAAAGACGGGGACGGCAAGAUCGGGAUGGAAGGUGCGUGUAAAACAUCUGGAAGAGCCGCAUGCAGAUGAGAAUGAGAACGAGAGCGGUUGGAACAGGGGGAGCUGUCCAUGACUCAGUGCUGAAAUUGCACUCGAAUAAAAAAAUCACAUGCACUCAAAUAGAUAAUGAAAUAUGCUGCAGCUUUUCAGUAAUCUUUUGUGCUCUCUGACUAAAACCGCUGUUUCUCUCUCUCUCUCUCUCUUCCACAGAGUUCUGCGACAUCCUAAAAUAAAGAGAUUAAAUAUUUAUGACCUCGGCCGUCUCUCCCCGUUUUGGGUCUCUUAUGGGAAUCCAGACUUUCCAGAUUGUUUGAUGCAAAGACCAGAAACCUCAGAUAUUCUGUACCUGCCUGCUGCUCUCCCUGUUGAUGUGAUUUAAUAAAAGUGUAAGAUGUUUGGUGGACGGACGGCUAAAGAUGGAUUAUUGUUGUGUGUAUGCGUGUGUGUGUUGAAUCAAUCAGGUACCUAGAACGGAUUAAAAUAAACUGAUUGAAGAUGUGAAACCUCUUUGUGUCUGACUCUUUUCUUCUGUUUUCUUUCACACAUCAAAUCUAAAACUACUGAAGUGACAUGAAAGACCUUCAGUGCUGCAUAUGAAUCCUCAGACUCUUGAGAUGUUUGUUAAAGUGUGAUCCACAAAUGAUGAAAUCCACUGCAUUGUAAAAUAUCAUACGUGGAGCAUUAAUGAUCUCCAGGAUCCUAGAGAUAGAUAGAUAGAUAGAUAGAUAGAUAGAUAGAUAGAUAGAUAGAUAGAUAGAUAGAUAGAUAGAUAGAUAGAUAGAUAGAUAGAUAGAUAGAUAGAUAGAUAGAUAGAUAGAUAGAUAGAUAGAUAGAUAGAUAGAUAGAUAGAUAGAUAGAUAGAUAGAUAGAUAGAUAGAUAGAUAGAUAGAUAGAUAGAUAGAUAGAUAGAUAGAUAGAUAGAUAGAUAGACUUUAUUGAUCCCAAACUGGGAAAUUCACAAAAUCCUCCACUUUCAUAUAAUCAUAAUAAAAGUGUUUUAUGGUUUGUUUUUAGUUAUUUGUUUCUAUGUUUUUAAAUUAGUUUUUAAAACAUUGAAACUAUGUUUUACUUUUUAAUAUCUGCUUUUAUUUUAUCCAUUGUUUUAAUUGUUUUUUGAUUGUUUUUAUGUCUGCUUUGUUUUGUCUAUGUUUGUUUAUGUACCACACUUUGCUUUACAAGUGCUUUACAAAUAAAGUUGAGUUGAGUUGAGUAAUCAGAAUAUGAUGUUGAGGUAUUUUAACAGUUUGAAGCUGCAUUUAGAUUCAUCAUGGGGGCAUAUGUGGAUAUUUUGUUCAUGUUUUGACACAUCUGGACACAUUAUAUGAUACGGUGGAGAUUUUGCACUUGAUUUGUCCCAGUAUAAGGCUUAUAAAUAUACUUUAGGUAUGAUCUAGAGAACUGUAAACAAAAGUCUAAAGGGUUUAGAAAUUAAUCCGUGGAUCCUUUGGCAAGAAAUAUAAGAGAAUACAGAAUAUAGUUUAGGAUGAAAAUGUGGGACUCAUCAAAGUCCUGCAAACAUAAAUAAUCAUGCAUCAGUCAUAUACUCUGAAAAGAAAAGACUUAUAAUAAAGACUAAGAAAUUCUGGUUUACUGCUAUGAGUAACUCCAAGUAUUUUAACUUAUGGUAAAUAUGAUCAUAAGUGACAAAUUCUUCAGAUUAUUUUCACCCAUCAUGAAGAAAAUUGUUUUCUCCUUCAAAUUAAAACAGAUGUUUUCUCUCUUUACUGUUGGAACUCCACUCUCAGGUCUAAGCACUCUUGGGUUCUUCCCAAAAUUCCCGACAUUCUCUUUGCAGGACUAGUACUGCCUUCUACUGGACGGUUUCCAAAUUCCUGCCAGACCAGGAGGAGCCAUAAACCGGAGCAGGUUUUAAGUGGUCAUUUCAUAUCUUUAAACGUCCCAAACGGUGUUAAAGUUCACUGAGAACAUUUCACACUGAGGUUAUGGAUGAAAUAAAGUUCUAAUAAAGACAUCAAGUCGAUGUUUAAAGGUUCCCAAUCGAUUCUUGUUCAGUGGGAGGAUUGCGCAGCGUUUUUACGCAGAGUGCAGACAAUAUAUAGUUUACUCCUUGGCGCAAAUAGACAUAUUGGUGCUGAUCGGUGCAAUUGACAGAGGAGUGGGAUCUAACAGGUGAUUUAAGCCGCAAAAUCUGAUCUCUUGAGGCCGCUGAGUUCGGCUGAAACUCGAGCCUGUGCGCGGAAUUCAGAUCAACCUCAUGGACGGGAACCUAUGGGUUAGGGCCUCGAGUAAAUGUCUACCAUUUGAGGGGGUGAUGGUGCAGCUCCACCCAAAAAAAUGAACCCCAAUAAUUUAUCUAAUAAACACGAGAAAGAACAAGUCAAUAAAGCAGAAGCAGAUACUCCUGUGUGUAAAUAAAAAUACCAGACUGGACAUGAGAGAUGUGGAUGAGUGUGAAGUGUGGAGUGAAGUGGGUCAGUCUAUCACGGAGGAACGUGUCUGUUUACUUUUUAAUGAUAUAACACCAGGAUUGAAGCACAAGUGUCUCUGGGGGGCAGUAAUUGAGCAGCUCUUAAUGAUCCAUUUACAACUAUUAAGAGCUUUGAUAGGCUAUUACCUUUCAGAGUGAUCGGUUACGUUAAAAGCCGUAAAUUAAAGAUUAAGUGAAAGUGAAGAGGUGUUAAAUUUAGCCCCUGCUGCUCAUUAAUGUCUCAUAAGUGUUUCUCACGAACCAGGGCCCCGCUCUAUUCCCACUCUCACACAUUUCGAUCCAUUUCCUCCGUAUUCGCAGAUGAAACUCACAACAUUGGAAUCAGCAUCUUAAAUGUUGGCCGUAAAUCUCCCGGGGGUGCAACAUGCCCUGUGAAGUCAGAGAGCAGCGGACCUCCUCGGGUUUCCACACGUCUAGCUAUAGGCCUUCUGCACACAUGGUAGCAUCCUCAUUUGUUCACCUAAAAAUAGGUCGAGACUAGUAGACACAUUUUUUCGAAACCCAUGCAUCUUGGAGGGCUACCUGAUACCGAGACUCAAAGCUCUGUAAAUGGUGUUGCCGGCGGAUAUAUAAGGGAGAGGGAAAGUGGUUUGGGGCAUUCGCUCGAAUCCGCCUUGGUUUUCACUCGCCUCAACGCAGCGCAGAGGUGAGUGAGGAAGGGGAGUCUUCUCUCCGCAAAGGGGGCCAACACUGACUUCUGGGAUUCACACACACAAGGAGGUUCUCGUGGACUAUAACUGUAGAAAGAGAGGGAGAGAGAAAUGGGAGCCAGCGUGGACGAUCCAACAGGACAGGAUGCAAUGAGUGCCAAAAUGUGGCCUCUUGAUUUCUAAGGAUUUGCGGAUGAUGAAUGCGUCUAUUUCCGGAUGAUUGAAUGAAAAUCACAGCCAAAAGCGAUCUAUCGAGGCGUUUGACAUCACUGCAGCUCUUCUGGUGGCUGAUUUGGGAGCAUCCUCAGUGUAGUGGAUACAGAGUCAGGCCUGUGUGUGAUCAGGCAGAGAGAUAGAUGACAGAAAAAGAAACUAAGAAUUAUCAGUUUAGUCCUGAUGAGAAAACACAAAGGGUUAAAAGAGAGGCUGAAGUUUCUGUGUUUUAAGAUGAUUUUAGUGUCUCAACUGAAGUCAGUGUUUGGGUGCAUGAUUUUACGCUUAAACUGGACACACUGCAUUAUAGCUGCACUGUUUUUGUGUUUAAAAAGGAUUUGCAUUUGUAAUUUUAGCGGUUAAAUGAUAUAUUCUGGAUUGGUGAUGUUCUAACCCUGCGCCUAACUGUCCUCCUCUUCCUCCCUCAGAGAUAAAAAAUGGCCUUCGCUGGUGUCCUCAAGGAAGCUGAGAUCAAAGCAGCUCUGGAUGGCUGCGCAGGUGAGCUCAUUACCUCCAUUUGCAGCCAUUACAAACAUUAAAAACACAAAUGCACCACACACUUUUUUAAAACAAUCACCUAGUUUCUAGAGAACAUGGAUCACCCACUUUAUGGUGGUGGACGGCUCCUCUCUCUUCGCUGCAGGACAGAAAGAUUCAGAAGAUCUUUUGUACCAACACCCAUAGUAGAUGAUUUUUAGAGACACGACAAAUGAGACGACAGACAAUUGAAUUUAGCUACAAACACCUCCAAACUCUCACUCUGAGUGUGCCAUCACAUCUCAUCCUCCUGUGUUGUUGUCGUUGUUUUUCUCACGGUGUUUUAAAAAUCUGCGUUCCAGCUGCUGACUCCUUCGACUACAAGAAGUUCUUCAAGGGAUGUGGUCUGGCUGGCAAGUCCUCCGAUGAUGUCAAGAAGGCCUUCGCCAUCAUUGACCAGGACAACAGCGGCUUCAUUGAGGAGGAUGAGCUGAAGUAAGAGCACUCGAGGAAAUCGCACUUAGAUAGAAAGCAACACCCCGAAAAUAUACAUCUGAUCUAAUAUUACUGCACUAGGUUUCAGAUGAUACAAACAUAAGAGAGUAUUUUCCUCUUUGUUUUGAAAGUCUGAUUGAAUCUGGGGGUCAAAGUUCAUAGUUUGAGGCCAGAAACAACUAAAGAACGAUAUUAUAAAGGUUCUGGAUGUUGAAACCCCCCAAAAGACAAACUAAUUACCACUCAAAUUCUCGAAAUGCUUCUCUUUCUGCACGGAGAUUUACAACAUGCCAUCUGAUUAAGUGUGAGAUGUUCGUACAUUAAACUUCUCCUGCUCUUCUGUCCACCUGCCAGGCUGUUCCUGCAGAACUUCUCUGCCAGUGCCAGAGCACUGACUGACAAGGAGACCAAGGCUUUCCUCGCCGCUGGUGACAGUGACGGUGACGGCAAGAUCGGAGUCGAUGGUGAGAAUCACACGCCUUUAAACACGCGCAUACACAUGUUCUUGGGUCUAAUUAGUCCCCGGGUUUGAGUUUCUCCUCACUAACGGCGGUCUCGUUCUGCUUUCACAGAGUUUGCUGCCCUUGUUAAGGCAUAA